UAACUGUGUGUAGGGUGAUACUAUCUGGGUGUUGCCUCUAGCAACCGGUUCAUCAUAUGACUAUUUCCUGCAAGUGCUAACGUUAGUUUGGCAUCAGUUUCAUUUCAGGAAGACGACAGAUUGGCUUUACAAGUGAAACGCUGGCUUCAUGGCUGCUGGAGGUAAUGCCAUCAACAUUCAACCACAGAGAAACGUUUUCUCAGCCAUUCCUGAUGGAAAAGUGCCACCUGAUUAUGUGCCUCCUCAGAUGGGAUUGAUGCCCAAUCCACAGAGACCUGUAAACUGCCCUCCGGGCCUGGAAUAUCUUACUCAAAUUGAUCAGCUUCUUGUUCAUCAGAAAGUGGAGUUAGCUGAAGCAAUAUUGGGAUGGGAGACCAAUAAUAAGUAUGUGGUGAAGAACAUCAUGGGUCAGCAGGUGUUCUAUGCGGCUGAGGAGAAUGACUGCUGUAACAGGCAGUGCUGCGGACCUAUGCGCUCCUUCGUCUUACAUAUUCAGGAUAAUCACGGCCUUGAAGUGAUCACCCUAAAGCGGCCAUUGAAGUGCUCCUUGUGCUGCUUUCCCUGCUGUCUCCAGGAGCUGGAAGUACAAGCACCACCCGGAAACCCUAUUGGAUAUAUCAUUCAGAACUGGCAUCCCUACCUACCCAAGCUGACCAUUCAAAAUGAGAAAAGGGAGGACGUCUUGAAAAUUGUGGGCCCAUGUUGUCCAUGCAAAUGCUGUGCAGAUGUGGAUUUUCAGGUUGUGUCUUUGGAUGAACUCACACAAGUUGGCAACGUCUCUAAACAAUGGACUGGUCUGAUGCAAGAAGCCUUCACUGAUGCAGACAAUUUUGGAAUUAAGUUCCCCUUGGACCUGGAUGUGAAAAUAAAGGCUGUCUUAUUUGGGGCCUGUUUUCUCAUCGAUUUCAUGUUCUUCGAACAUGGCAAUCAAUAAGAAUUUUCCCUAUAUCAAGCUCUGUGGACCUGGGAAUGCUGCUUGUGUGACACUAAAUGGAUGUGUGUGCUGCAAAUCUUUGCUUAUCGCCAACUCUUUUGUAGAAUGGCUGUGUACACUCCACACCCCCAGUUCCUUGUACUGUUCAGCACUGUGGAAGAAAUGUACAUAAGUAAAUGUGUUAAUAGCUAAACUUUUUAUUUGUUAUCGUAGAGCUGAUUUUUAUAUACCCUAAUUUAGGACUGAAGUCAAAACAUUAUUUUAGUUUUUCUUUCCAUUUCUUUUAUCAGUAACGAUGCUAUAAACUAAUAAAGCAGGUGCCGAAUAGCUUUGUUAUAAACAGACUGAAACGUUUUUCUUAAGAUGCAGGACAGUGAUAUGAUAAGAGCACUAAGUGCAUCAUCAGAACAGUCCUCAUCCUUGGAAUGUCUUGCAAGGUUAUCAUCGGCGAGGCAUAAAUAAGGGAAACGUACUAGAUAUACAGACAUACUAUAAGUUUUCUUGUAGGACGAGUAGGCAAGCCAAUCUUUUUUUCCCCCUUCAAUUUCAGAACUGCUAUGUGUCGGCACCAAUUUGUGGUUGUAAGAAAAGUAAAACCUAUUGAAUAAGUGUAUUUCCUAUUUCAUGUUAUGUUCUAAAAACAAACACCUAAUAACUCAUAUUCCAGGGAUUGAGCAUACUUUCUAAGAUAUUAUAUUUACAUUUAAGUGCAAAAGUCCCCACCUUUGUUUCCAGUAGUCAGAGCCUGGGCCCACCUACACCCAGUUUUUUUUUUAAACAAUGUACUGACGGAAUGGGCUAGCAGGUUGUGAGGAGAUGAUUGCUAAAUAUGGCAAAACAUGUUAUGGACUUGAAAUAAUGAUCACUGACUUCACCUUUAAUGCAUGGUCAGUUUUUACAAAUGUUCCUUCAUUAAUCAAAUUAACAAAAAUCAACAUCACAUGAAGAAGAUACACUAAGCUCUAUCGAAUGACUAAUAAAUGAAUAUUUUGGUCCUAGAAUUA